UUAAGAGCAUUAAUAUCGCAAACUCUUAAGCCGUCCUUAAGGAUAAAUGGAAUUAAAAAAAAAACACUUAAUGAAAUAGGAGGCGUGUCUUAAUUAGGGGUUAGAAGAGGCGGUUAUUUUGGACAUGUGUUGUGUGAAGAGAGGACAGAGGAGGGGUGAAAGCGUAUGGGCUUCCUGUUUCUCCUUUCUCUCUCUCGAAACCUCUCUGAGAGGCGAAGGAAAUGGCGAUCGUGUCUCUCGCCGCGGCUCGUCGACGAAACGGCGCUGUCUGUCUUGGUGGCUGUCGUCGACCGCUGAUUCUCUCCCUCUCCGUGGGUCUCCUCGACGGCGACGGAUCGGCUCUCUCUGUGGGUCUCCUCGAAUCGAAAGGUGGCUCUGCUCGACGGCGACGGAGCUCUCUGACGGUGGCUCUCCUCGACGGCGACGGAGCCCUCUAACGGUGGCUCUCCUCGCUGGCAACGGAGCUCUCUGACGGUGGCUCUCCUCGAAACGAAAGGUAAUGUUUAUGUUUAAUGUUCCUGAAUGAUGUAUUUCUUAGAUUGUGCUUCUUCUGUGUCUAGAUUGAUUGUUUGUUGUGUUCGAUUCUGUGUCUAGAUUGAUUUGUCUCAUGUUCGAUCAAUAUUGAUUUGUUUAUUGUAAGUUGUUCAUUUUUUUAUUUGUUUCUGUCUGUUGAUUCCUUUGUUUUGUUUUGUCUUUGUGUUGUGAGAUGGAUGGAACAAAUCCCCUUCGAUUUGUUCAGUGGAAAGAGACUUGAGGAAAAUAUAAUCCAACAAAGGACUACAACAGCAAAACAGGUUAGUGUACCUCUUUCAUCUACUCUGAAAUGAAUUGAUUAAGCUUCUGUGAUGAAUUGAAGGGAGGGUAAUUAAUGUGGUGGUUAGGGUUGAAAUAUGGUUGUGUUUGGCAAUAAAUUGAACUGAUGGGUAUAUAGAAAAGCUAAUGUGAAGUCUGAUGAAUUGAGUUUAAAAAAGAGACUUUGUUUGUGGUUGAAUUGUCAUGAAUGAGUAUCAUUGUUUUGGUUAAGGUUACAAUUGAAAAUGGACUGUGAAGUGUGAUGAACGAGUUUUUAAAAAAUACUUCCUUUCUGGUUGAAUUUUGAUUAAAGAGUUUUAAAAAAUACUUUCUUUAUGGUUGAAUUGCGAUGAAUGAGUUAUAAUCUUUUGGUUAGGGGUUAGAAUACGGUUGUGUGUCGUAAUAAAUUGAAGUGAUGGAUGAGUUAUAAAUUGAAGUUAUUGUUAGAUAAAUGUCUACUCCAAUUGGUUGUGUGUUGGAGAUGAAUGUAUUCUUCUUUCUCUCUGCUAUAUAACAGAGACCUUGGUCUCUUCCAUUUAUGAAACAGGAUCCCUCUUCUAUUCUUUUCUUUUUCAGAUAUGGAUUCUAAUCCGUAUGUGAAUAUAAAUUUUGUUGAUCUUCUUCAAAGUCAACAAGAUACUUCUUCUAUUCUUUUUCUUACCACUCAAGCUACCGAAGGUAUAAACUUCCAACAAGAAACUCCUUCAGAGCGCAAGGAACGAAGGACUUGGUCACCUACAGAUGAUGUAGUCCUCAUCAGCUCGUGGUUAAACACGAGAAAAGAUCCCCUUGUCGGGAAUGAGCAAAGGUCCAUAGCUUUCUGGAAGAGAAUAGCAGCGUAUUUUGCGGCUAGUCCUAAGCUUGCUGGCUCUGAAAAAAGAGAGCCAUCUCACUGCAAGCAAAUGUGGCACAUGAUCAAUGACUUAGUGUCAAAGUUUUGUGGAGCAUACGAGGCAGCAACCAGAGAGAAGAGUAGUGGACAAAAUGAAAAUGACGUUCUCAAACUUGCCCACGAAAUAUUCUUCACCAACUAUAAGAAGAAGUUCACCCUUGAACACCCUUGGAAGGAGUUGAGAAAUGACCAAAAGUGGUGUAACCUUUCCACAGCCAAAACUGAUGGCAACUCAAAGAAGAGGAAGUGUGACGAAGGCUCACAGUCAGCAAGCUCACAGGCUAAUGAAACCGGUAGUGUUGUUGAUGAGGAGGGAGGUAACGUCCCCCGAGUGUUAAGUCUGCAAAAGCCCGUGGUAAGAAGACCAUGGGUGAGGGGAAGGAGCUCUCUCAGUUUCAGACAAUGUGGAGCAUCAAGAAGCAGGAUUUGGUCAUGAAGGAAAGACUGUCAAAGAUGAAGUUGCUUGACAGUCUCAUUGCAAAACAAGAACCGCUUCUAGAUUACGAAGAAGCUCUAAAAAAGGCUCAUUAACGUGUUAAUGUCUGAUUAGCUUAAGUAUGUCUUGUGCUAUGCAAUGUUCUGUUUGCUUGUUAAGUUUAAUCUGUCUCGGGUUCUUGUUCUCGUUUAUGCUUUGAUCUCUGUUUCUUGUUCUCGUUAAUGCUUAGAUGUAUGUUUCUUGUUCUUGUUAAUGCUUUGAUCUAUGUUUCUUGUUCUUGUUAACACUUUGAUCUAGUACUUGUUCUCAUUCUAUGGUUGUUUUCAUGUUUCAGGUGAGAUUGAAGAGUGUUCAUCGCAUGCCAAAGUAAUAAUAAGGUAAUGGGACUACUCAUUACCAUCAAAGCCACAUACCAUGUUCCGUUUCAAACGAACACAAUAUGUGGCAUUGGUAGUAAUGAGUGUUCCCGCUACCGUAUUGAGGUUGAAGUUGCACGGUCAGGAGACACUCUUUUUCUCAGUGUGUAUCAUUGUAUCAGUUUCGUUUUCAGGUCACAGGACACUCUUUUGUAUCAGUGUGUCACGGGCACUCUUGGUUUAUAGUAAUGUCUUGGGCACUCUAGUCUGUUGUGCACUCUUUUCUGAACGUUAUGCCUUUUGUGGUGUGUAUCAGUGUAUCUGUUUGUCACGAGCCAAUGUAAUUUUUUUUGUCUUUGUCUGAAAUAUGUAUCACGGAUUUGUGUAAACAUUGUCUCCACUCUAUAUAUAAAAUUGUAUUCUCUCAUUCUCACCAAGCAUAACAAUCAUCUUCUCCAUCUCACCCAGCAUAACAGUCAUCUUCUCCAUCUCACCGAACAAAACAUUGUUCUCUUAUCUCCUUUUCACCAAACAAAACAAUCAAAAACAAUUUCAUCUUCUCCAUCUCACCGAACAAAACAUUGUUUUCUUAUCUCCUUUUCACCAAGCAAAACAACCAAAAACAAUAAAAAACAAUGGCAUCCUCUUCUCAUAAUACUUUUGAUGAAUCAUUAGAUGAUACUUUUGAUCAACACUUUGAUUAAUAUUUUGAUCAAACGUUCGAGAAUAUGACCAUUGCUUAUGGUGAUGCAGAAGAAGCAAGGAAAAAAAGAAAAAAACGAGUUUAUAUCGAAAGAAAUCGAGAAGAAGGUCAUGUAUGUCUAUGGAAUGAUUAUUUCAGUGAAACUCCGACGUAUCCUGGAAAUUUUUUCCGACGCCGUUUAAGAAUGAACAAGCCAUUGUUCAUGCACAUCGUCGAUCGACUCUCCAAUGAAGUUCAAUUCUUUCGCCAAAAACAAGAUGCUCUUGGAAGGCUUGGUCUCUCUGCACUCCAAAAGUGUACAGCAGCUAUUCGUGUCUUGGCAUAUGGUAUUGCAGCUGAUACGGUCGAUGAAUACCUACGUCUCGGUGAAUCUACAACUCGUAAAUGUCUGGAACAUUUUGUGGAAGGAAUAAUAAAUUUAUUCGGCGAGGAGUACCUAAGAAGACCAACACCGGCUGAUCUUCAACGUCUACUUGAUAUUGGAGAGCAUCGUGGAUUUUUCGGGAUGAUAGGAAGCAUCGAUUGUAUGCAUUGGGAGUGGAAGAAUGGUCCCACCUCUUGGAAAGGGCAAUAUUCUCGUGGCUCGGGAAAACCAACAAUCGUUUUAGAGGCCGUUGCUUCAUAUGAUCUCUGGAUAUGGCACGCGUUUUUUGGACCUCCAGGUACCUUAAACGAUAUCAAUGUUCUUGAUCACUCACAUGUUUUUGAUGACAUAAUAAAGGGUCAUGCUUCGGAAGUCACUUACUAUGUCAAUGGAAGAGAAUAUCAUUUGGCUUACUAUCUCACUGAUGGUAUUUAUCCGAAAUGGGCAAUUUUUAUCCAAUCUAUUCCAAUACCACAAGGGCCGAAAGUAGUUUUAUUUGCUCAGCGUCAAGAAGCUGUCCGAAAGGAUGUCGAGCGUGCUUUUGGAGUCUUGCAAGCUCGCUUUGUCAUUGUUAAAAAUCCAACACUUUUUUGGGAUAAAGUCAAAAUUGGGAAGAUUAUGCGAGCAUGUAUCAUACUCCAUAAUAUGAUAGUAGAAGACGAACAAGAUGGAUACACUCAAUUUGAUGUUUCGGAGUUCCAACAAGGAGAAGACAACGGAAGUACACAAGUCGAUCUCACGUAUUGUACAGAUAUCCCUACAAAUAUCGCUAGUAUGAUGGGUGUUCGAACUAGAAUUCGUGAUAGACAGAUGCAUCAACAACUGAAAGAUGAUUUGGUUGAACAUGUAUGGCUUAAAUUUGGACGUGAUGAAGACAACAACUGCACUCUGAUGUUUCUUUCAAAUUAUUAUCGUUUAUUUUACUUAUCUAUGUUUUAAUGUUUUUAUUUAAAAAUUUAUGUUUCAAAUGUUAUCUUUUAGUAUGUUUCAUUUAAUAAAAAAAAAUUAAGUUUAAUAAAAAAAUUUAAUAAUUAUUUUUUAAGAACUUUAAUUAAGAGUCUUGAACCAAUUAAAUGUUGGGAUUUCUUAUCUUGGUCUUUUAAAUCACUUUUUUAUACUUAAAUGCAUUAAAAAUCAAUAAGAACCCCUAAUAUGAGUAUAUGCAAUAAUCAUGCUCUAACUAUUCUGUUUCUCUCUUUUUCCUCUCGAGUAUUUGACUACUACUCGCAAAUCACGUGGAUAAAUGGAUAAAAUGCCUUACUGUAAACUUUUCGCCAUUAUUCAAAAGUAAUAACAACUCUUACAGCAAUUCACCGCGUUCAUUCAUAUAACUCUUAAUUAUUGUCCAAAUAGUAUAGCAUUCUUAUAAUCUUGGUUAAACCAGCAGCAAUUCAUAAUAUUCACUGAUUUCACAUUGCAUCUAUAUAUAUAUUUAUCUAACUUUCAUGGGAGUUCAACUUAUUACGGGAAAAUUCUGGUGUCAUUCAUCCACCUUUGUUUUAUCUUUUUUUAAAUCUCCUAAAACUUACAAAAAAAGUCCUUUGGACUUAAAACAAAAAAAUGAUGGAAAUGGUAAUACAAAUUACAUGUCAGAUGUUGAUUUUAAAAGACUUGUUUAUCUCUCUAUUUUACAGAAUGAAAAUCUCUUUAGUUUUGAGUGGGUUUUGAGUUAUAUAGAUAGUUGACGUGAGCAAUUCGGUCCCAUGGUCUAGUGGUCAGGACAUUGGACUCUGAAUCCAGUAACCCGAGUUCAAAUCUCGGUGGGACCUUCUCAUUUUAUGUUUUGAAAAACUUUAGCAAAUGAACCCACUUCAGGUUGGGCCAUUUGGUCACUAGCUAUAUGUCCUUAACUCGUUCCAACUUUGGUUGGACUCGAAACAAGAAUUAGUUUGAACUUUCUACAUGUUCUAUUCAACACUUCACCAGAAACAUGACAAAGCUUUCCAUAAAGAAGAAAUAAAA